AUGGCAUCUGUACAGGUUCCAACUUCGUUAUCUUCAUUCCCAGAAGAGCUCCUUGCUCGUAUACUUGCAGAUUGUGUGACUCCUCCCCAACUAUUACCAGUUCGUCCACCUUGGUACACCCAACCAAUAUUCUUUCCAUGUCCCUCACUCUUAGCCCGCUCGGCUCCACACACCAGCACACGUGCCCCACUAUCGCCCUUGCUUGUUUCGCGGCAGUUCCUGCGCAUCGGUACUCCCAUAUACUAUCAGACUCUCUACCUUCCGACGGCUACCCAUGCUGCCCGCGUACUCGAGACGCUUAUCGCCCAGCCGGUCAUUGCUGGUGCGGUACGUCGCGUCGUGCUAGGCUGCGUGUCGCUGGAGGGCGCUCGUGUACUUCGGGCGUGUGAGAGGAUCGAAGAUGUGGAUAUCUGUAUGGAUGUUUAUGAAGCUAAUCCUCGGGGAGAUGCAGCAGAAGAUCAGGAUGCUCAAGCCCUAUGUGAUGCACUAGAUCGAAUAGACUUGAAGCAUCUUACUAUUCGCAGAAUUCCAGAUGCAUACCUCACACUUACGCGCCCGAAGUACCUUCUUGAGCGCAUUACAAAGGUUGUACCCCGCUGGUUUAACCUUGAGUCCGUUCACUUCGCGUUUAAAAUCAGUUCAACACCAGCCACCAGGCCUUUGGCUGAGGCUCUGAGCCAUGCCCCAAAACUACGCAGUCUUAAAGCACAACUCCCGGAGAUUUGGAAUGAAUUGUUCCUCACUAUCUCCACAAACCCGAUUCUCGAACAAGUCGCAUUGUAUGUAGAAGGCGCAGACGGGAUUUUGCAUACGACUAUGUACAUGAUGGGAGCCAGGAAACAUGCACACUUGAGCGAACUGAUCAAGAUUGGAACGUGA